GACUCGUACUAAUCGUUAGACAUUCCCAACUUUUGAGAUUAGCCAAUCAAAGUGGUGCCACAACUAACCCUCUCAGCCUCAUCUUGCAGAGGCUUCUAUGAGAGCUUGCUGCAACCCUUUUUACGCAAUCAUCCAAAUAGAUUGACCCGUGUCAACAAUAGUCGUGUAGAUAAUAAGAUGCUAUAUUGAACUUACAUUAAUGUACAUUUAGUACAAGUAGUAGCAGAGUUCAACCAAACACUUCAAACUUCAAACAAUCAUGAGUUCAGCUCCCAGUAUGAGAGUCAGCGAGCAAGAGCACUUUCAUCUUGAGGAUACUAGUGACAUAGAGAGGUCUAUUUGGGUGCUGAAUCCUCCCAAUCCACCACCUCUUAGGAACAAGCUAUUUAGUCCACUGAAGAAAACUGUGUCCUUUUUUUCAUCCAAGAAGAAAACUUGCCUUGGACAUGCUGUUUCAUUCUUGGAGAGUCUAUUCCCAAUCCUUACAUGGUUCACAAAUUACAAGGCCUCCAAAUUCAAAGAAGAUUUGCUAGCCGGUUUAACUCUUGCCAGCCUCAGCAUACCUCAGAGUAUAGGAUAUGCUAAUUUGGCAAAACUUGAUCCUCAAUAUGGUCUAUACACCAGUGUUGUUCCUCCACUUAUCUAUGCUGUGAUGGGGAGUUCAAGAGAAAUUGCAAUUGGGCCUGUAGCUGUAGUUUCAUUGCUGCUAUCCUCUUUGGUCCCCAAAGUGGUGGAUCCUGCUGUUGAUCCUGAUGCCUACAGGAAUGUCGUCUUUACUGUUACCUUAUUUGCUGGAAUCUUUCAAGCUGCAUUUGGUAUUUUCAGGUUGGGGUUUCUUGUGGAUUUUCUUUCACAUGCUGCACUUGUUGGAUUCAUGGCAGGCGCAGCCAUCAUGAUUGGUCUUCAGCAGCUCAAGGGGUUGCUGGGGAUUACUCACUUUACCAACAAAACUGAUGUAAUAUCUGUAUUGGAAUCUGUUUAUAAGUCGCUCCACCAACAAAUCACAUCUGGAGAAAAAUGGUACCCUCUGAAUUUUGUCAUCGGGUGUUCAUUCUUGAUUUUCCUUUUAAUUGCCCGAUUUGUUGGCAGAAGAAACAAAAAACUUUUCUGGUUGCCUGCUAUUGCUCCUCUUCUAUCAGUUAUAUUAUCAACUUUAAUUGUGUAUUUAUCAAAAGCUGAUAAGAAUGGGGUUAACAUAAUAAAGCAUGUCAAAGGAGGCUUGAAUCCAAGUUCAGUUCAACAGUUACAAUUCCAUGGUCCACAAGUUGGUCAAGCAGCAAAAAUUGGAUUGAUCUCUGCCGUUAUUGCUCUUACUGAAGCAAUAGCAGUUGGUCGAUCUUUUGCUUCUAUUAAAGGAUACCAUCUUGAUGGCAACAAGGAAAUGCUAGCAAUGGGAUGUAUGAACAUUGCUGGAUCGCUCUCUUCAUGCUAUGUGGCAACUGGUUCUUUCUCAAGGACUGCAGUAAAUUUCAGUGCUGGAUGUCAAACAUCAGUGUCAAAUAUUGUGAUGGCAGUUACUGUGUUUUUGUGUCUUGAAUUGUUUACAAGGCUUCUAUACUACACUCCAGUGGCCAUACUUGCUUCUAUCAUCCUCUCUGCACUUCCUGGAUUAAUUGACAUAAGUGAAGCUUGCUAUAUUUGGAAGGUUGACAAAUUUGACUUUCUAGCCUGCAUUGGUGCUUUCUUGGGGGUCUUGUUUGAAUCGGUGGAAAUUGGUCUUCUUGUUGCAGUGUCAAUCUCAUUUGCAAAGAUACUAAUACAAUCAAUUCGACCUGGGAUAGAAGUUCUAGGUAGAGUUCCAAGAACAGAAGCCUUCUGUGAUGUUAGUCAAUAUCCCAUGGCCACAAGCACUCCAGGCAUGUUGGUGAUUCGCAUAAGCUCUGGCUCACUCUGCUUUGCAAAUGCAAAUUUUGUUAGAGAAAGAAUACUAAAAUGGGUCGCGGAAGAAGAAAACGAGCUUGCUAAGGGAAGAGUCCAAGCAGUAAUCUUAGACAUGAGCAACCUGAUGAAUGUUGAUACUUCUGGGAUUCUAAUACUGGAGGAACUGCACAAGAGGUUGCUCUCGCGUGGCGUACAAUUGGCUAUGGUGAACCCAAGGUGGCUAGUGAUUCACAAGCUCAAAGUGGCACAUUUUGUGGAUAAAAUCGGAAGGCAGUGGGUUUUCCUUACUGUUGCUGAAGCCGUAGAUGCAUGUCUAUCUUCUAAACUCCCUGACCCAUGAUUUCACCUUCACGGGCCUUAUCUAUAAUGUACUGCACCAUUGCAUAUAUAGGUCCACAAAGUUGUGCAUUACACUGUCUUACGUAAAAUGCAAUGAUCGAUGUUUGGCAUUGUGCCCUCCCACUAUUAGUGGAAUUGUGUCCUGUACGGAAAUUGUUGUUUUGCGGAAUAGCUCCUUGCAUGGACAAUUUUGCCAGGAGGAAUGCCAAAGUCAAAUAAUCAAAUAUAAAUAAAACAAGAGCAUUUGUUUUGCAAUAAAAAAGGCGCAGAUUAAGGUGAA